AUGGAAAAGCGUCGAGCGAGUAUGAGCCAAGAACCGCCAGAGACUCCUCAAGAGAUAUCUUUAUCCCCAUACAACGAAACGGAAAUGUCUAUCUCCGACAUUCCCUUACCGCCGGCGAAGAGGAUCCGUACGAGUAUUAGCCAACAACCGCGAGAGACCACGCGCGACUCUUCUCUCUUCCCAUCUAAGAAGGAGACGGAGUUGACUCUCUUCGGCUUUCCUAUGAAUCCUCCGGGGUAUAACAAUCAGGCGAUCAUGAGGCAAGAACCAAGAGAGACCACUGAUCAAGACUCUUCUAUCUCGCCAUCCAUGGAAACGGGUUUGCUUCUCUUCGGUGUUUCUAUGACUCCGGUGGAGAAUAGUCAAGAGCCUCUAACCGACGUUCCUAUGUCUCCGGCGAAGAGUCUGAGCUCAAAACCGCGACACAUCCCUAACGAGUAUCUUUUCUUGCCACCCAAGGAACUGGAGAUUGGAAUGUCUCUCUCCUCUGCUUCUCCGAUGGAUACAGAUGAAGACUUGAUGAUGAAGAAUAAGACUAAUUGCUUGGAUGAAGACCCCCUAAACGGUAUCGUCUCCACCGCUUUCUGUUUGCACGACGAGACAUGGCCUUGUGGAAAUCGUGAAUACCCUAAGGUUACUUGCGUUCCAAGAGAAGAUGAGACAACCGAACAAGAAGAACCAAGAAAUGUCAAGGAGCUCUCGAAAGAACAAGAAGAACCGGAGGAGCGAGAUCCAUGGGUCAUCAAGAAGAAGCUGAGCAAGAUUGAUGUUUGCAACCGAGUCAAUCUGAGCGUUUACGGCGUUGAGAGACACAUACUAAGACAUCUCUUCAAAUACGAGCAAAAGAGAGUCCUCGAAGGAGAUGGAAUCAUGGUUAACGUGUACGACGACGACACGCACACUUCCCACAAGUUGCGUCUGAGGAAAUGGAGUUUCAACGAGACUUGUUGUCUAACAGAUAGAUGGCGCACAGAUUUUGUCAACAGGAGAAGUUUGAAGGUAGGAGACGAGAUUGGUCUCUUCUGGGAUCGCUUUCACUCUACUCUUCAUUUUCGUGUGGUUUCUAGUGCAAUCCCAAAAGCUUCUGCAGAGGAGAAGAAGUAA